UUAAUGACUCCAGAUCCAGUGAGCACAUACCAGCAAGAAAAGCCAUUCAGCUCCCUAGCUUGGCUCAAAGCUUGCUGCUUGCCUGCUCCUUUGUAAAAAAAACAAACAAGUACCUGAAGUUAGCAGCAGGUUGAAAGACGGACUGUGGGAUAACUUCAUCAGUUGAGCACAGGCAGGUGAUUCCAGACAGAAUUGUAAGACAGAUAUUUGCCAUGAGGAGGUAACCUGAAAGGAAACUAUGCCCCAGACGCCAGUGUUUUCCAGUAUGCUUGGUUCCGGAUGUAGUGGGCAGGUACAACCAGAUACGGGAGAGAGGAGCGGAGAUCCUGUUUAUCAAGAUGGGAGUCUAGUCUCUGGAUCACUGGAGACCCUGAUUGAGCGCCUAGUGCCCACCACAGACUAUUAUCCAGAUAGGACGUAUAUCUUCACCUUCCUACUGAGUUCUCGAGUCUUCAUUCACCCCCAUGAACUCCUGGCUAAAGUGGGGCAAAUCUGCCUUAAACAGAAGCAGCAACUGGAGACUGGAGUUGAGGCAGACAAGGCAAAACUUAAGUCCUUUGCUGCCAAGAUCAUUCAGCUCCUGAAAGAAUGGACUGAAACAUUCCCCUAUGACUUCCAGGAUGAGAAAUCUAUGAAAGAGCUAAAGGAAAUUGCUCACAGAAUCACCCAGUGUGAUGAGGAAAAUGGAACUGUGAAGAAGAUCAUUAGUCAGAUGACACAGAAUCUACUGAUGACCCUUGCUGCACGCAAUCAGUACCAGGAGAUCCGAGAGAAGUUCCGCCAACCCGUGACAGACAAAGGCACAAUCCUUAAAACGAAGCCUCAGUCAUCACAGAAAGACAUACUGAGUGUAUGCUGUGACCCAUCGGUCCUUGCGCAGCAACUAACGCACAUUGAACUGGAGAGAGUGAGCAACAUUUACCCUGAGGACCUCAUGCAAAUAGUCAGUCACAUGGAUUCCCUGGAUAAUCACAAGUGCCGAGGUGACGUUACUAAGACUUACACUCUGGAGGCCUACGACAACUGGUUUAAUUGCCUCAGCAUGUUGGUGGCAACAGAGAUUUGUAAGGUUGUGAAGAAAAAGCAGCGAACGAGAAUAGUGGAAUUUUUUAUUGAUGUGGCAAGAGAGUGCUUCAACAUUGGAAACUUUAAUUCCAUGAUGGCCAUUAUAUCGGGCAUGAACUUGAGUCCUGUUGCCCGGCUGAAGAAAACUUGGUCCAAAGUCAAAACAGCCAAAUUUGAUGUUUUGGAGCAUCACAUGGACCCGUCCAGCAACUUUUGUAAUUAUCGAACAGCCCUUCAAGGAGCAGCACAGAGAUCUCACACAGCACACAGCAGCCGGGAGAAAAUAGUCAUCCCUGUUUUCAACCUCUUCAUUAAAGAUAUCUACUUUCUGCACAAAAUACACACCAACCACUUGCCCAAUGGACAGAUAAACUUCAAGAAGUUCUGGGAAAUUUCAAGGCAAAUCCAUGACUUCAUCACAUGGAAGCAGGUGGAGUGUCCUUUUGAGAAGGACAAGAAAAUUCAGAGUUAUUUGCUCACAGCACCUAUUUAUAGUGAAGAAGCUUUGUUUAUUGCAUCAUUUGAAAGUGAAGGUCCAGAAAAUCAUAUGGAGAAAGACAGCUGGAAGACACUCAGGACAACUCUGCUCAACAGAGCCUGAAAUUUUGGACUUUUGCCCUGGAUUCUAAAGCACACACUAAAAAAAAAUUGUUUUUAAAUCCUGAACGAUGUGAUUUGGGAAAGGAAGGCCUCACUGGUUGGGGUCUGUUUUGUAUAUACAAUACCUUUUAUGAAUUACAGAAGAAAAAUGUGCUAAAUAUUUCACAUCAACCUUAAGGCACUUAAAAAUGAAGGAUUUUGUUUUUUAACUAUAUAUAAAAAAAUCAAGGGCAGGGCCCUGUUCUCAGAGAUGAAAUGGAUUGUGGGGGACGGACUCCAUGGUGAUGUCUUAUUGUAAUGACAUCCAGAUCUUUAUUUUCAUGUUUGGUUUCUUCCUAAUACACACACAAUCUCAGAUGGACUCAAUGCAUUACAGGUUUGGUGCUCCACUCUGCCUUGAUCAACCUAACACUUCCUGGAAAUAAAUGUCGUGAUGUGGGGCUGAUGCAUUUGAAAUCAGCAAGGCUUCCACAGACCCAGAAAGAUACAGGAGCAUUUCCCAGGACAGGCACAGGGUGACUAAUGACAGUAAAGCACAGUACCCUUGUCAAACAAACUGUAACCCCGUUUGGGUCAUUGAUAUUCUGAAGAGCUUGCUUCUCCUGAUCCGUUACAGAAAAGAAGAGGGCAAAACCAGCUUCUUAGCCACACCUCGCCAUCCCCUUGUUACAUCUAAUGAAGCAGGUCCUCACCUAGGAAAUCUCAUGCCACAAGAACAUUAUUAGCCUUCUAGGUGCCACAGCUUCCUUUUUUUCUAUUUUACACUGCUAGUCUUCUGGAAUUUAUCCUCAUUGUUCUGAGUAUCCCACUUUUUCUUUUUGCUGUUUUCUUGCCUCAUUUACUUUGUGGAGCACAACAGAAAUUGUGCUCUUGGGGCCGGUGCGUAGUGUCAACAGAAUCAAGUGGUAAAGCUUUGCCUGGAGUGUAUCACUAGAGACAGAGGGGGUGGUGUUGCUUGCAUGUUUGAAUGUCCACAAAAGGGGGGGAAAUACCAUGGAGAAGAUUUUUCUCCUUAAUAUGCCAGUUUUCGACAUACAGUGCCUUGGAUCAUAAGAUAAGUUAACUUAAGGAAGUUCAUGGAAGUAGUUUUCCAUCCCUUCCUCCCCCUGCCUCUUUGGUGGUUAAGGGCUCACUCCUGAACAAUAUUGGAUGGGGAAUAGCAGGUUGCUGUGGAGAAGGGAAAUCACCCCAAAUCAGACUUGGGGCCUAAGGUAAGUUUAGUUAAGGAAGUGCAUAGAAUAAAAGCUUCCCAUUC